CAUGUUUAUUUUUUACACUACCAAUCUUGGCUCGUCGGCGCAGUUCCGAAUCGGGCAUCAUGGCGCGCUCCGAUUGCUUGUCCCGAUUUGGAUGCAUCGAGCGCUGCAAGGCUGCCUCCCAAAGGAAAGCGAAGAAGACGAAAAUAUAAAAAUGAGGUGAAAUCCGCCCAUCUUUGUAGGAAAAGUUUGCGUCAAACACAUUCUAUUACCUUUGAAUUCUUCUCUUACCAUGAAGUUCAUUACCACCAUUGCAGCUCUGCUCACUGCAGCAUGCCAAGUAACGGCCAAAACCAUUACCAUUGAAGUCGGCCACAAGGGAAACCCGUACUUUAAACCGGAUUACUCCAAAGCAGACGUUGGAGACGUAAUCGAAUUUCAAUUCGAUUCCAAGGAGCACAGCGUUGUUCAGGGCAACUUCUUCACAGGAUGCUAUCCUAUCGCAGACGGGGGCUUCUAUUCCGGCAUGCAAACAAGCCAAAAUGUAUUCCGAGUUACUGUCAAAAACAGUGAUCCCAUCAUGGUCUACUCGUCGUCCGGCCUCGAAUGCCAGCUCGGCAUGGUCGCAGUCAUCAACGCCGACGGCCUGCAGACACUGACGGCAUACCGCGCCAAAGCAAAGACAUCCUUUAAAAACACGAGCCCCGAUAAGCCCUUUGGAGGCGAAUUGAAAAAGAGCGACACCAAAACUUGGACAUCGUCGGCGUCAGCACCAUCCUAUGCUAUGCCCGUUGCUGGGCUGGCGCUUUUUGCUGCCGCCGCACUGGCGUAAGCGAGUCACUAGAGACAAAAGUAUAAAUGUAUAGAUCAAUUUUUCUU